AUGGAGUUCGUGGUGGUCAAGUUGAAGUGUAUUCACAAUGCAAUACUUGGUCGACACGGCAUCUCCCAAGCAGCCGCUAUCAUAUCAAUGAACCACUUGAGCAUGAAAUUUCACACGCCCAACGGGAUUGGAGUGGUUCGAGGAGACCAGCGAGCUACCCGUCAGUGCUACGUACAGGCUGUCAAGCAAUCCGAUCGUGAGGACACGAGGAUUCACACCAUAUCUCAACAAGUCGACCAAGGAGAAGAUAAGGAGAAACCGCAACCAGCUUCAGAGAUGGAGGAGAUCAUGCUCGACCCUAGCCGGCCGGAGCGAGUUGUCAAGAUCGGUCGAAACCUUCCGGUCGGUCUAAGGGAGGACAUUAUCAAAGUUUUACAGAAGUUCAAGAAUAUCUUCGCUUGGGGACCGGAGGACAUGCCUGGUGUCGACCGGUCGGUUAUAUGUCACCGAUUAUCCAUUCAUCCGGGUUUCAAACCGGUCAAGCAGAAGAAGAGGCAUCUAUCAAGUGAAAGAAGAGAGUUCGUGAAGAAGGAGACCGCCACCCUCUUGGCGGUCGGGCACAUCCGAGAAGUUCUCUACCCGGAGUGGUUAGCUAACGUAGUCCUUGCACCUAAACCACCUACAUGGAGGAUGUGCGUUGACUACACUGAUUUGAACAGAGCCAGUCCGAAGGAUCCGUAUCCCCUACCAAAUCCUGACCAGAUGGUUGAUGAAACGGCCGGAUGUGAGCUGCUAAGUUUCAUGGACGCCUUCAAAGGCUACCACCAAAUUUUUAUGUGCAAAGAAGAUGAAGAGAAGACUGCUUUCAUAACCCCUGAAGGAGUAUUUUGCUACGUGGUGAUGGCUUUCGGUCUACGGAACUCUGGAGCCACCUACCAGAGGAUGGUGAACAAGUUGUUCAAAGGAUUGCUCGGGUCGACAAUGGAGGCGUAUGUGGACGACAUGCUCGUCAAGAGCCAAUCAAAAGAAACUCAUCCUACUGACCUGGCCCGAGCAUUCCGGGUGAUGGAAACUUUCAACCUGCGUUUGAACCCAAGUAAGUGUGCUUUUGCUGUCCAGACGGGAAAAUUCUUAGGGUUCAUGAUGACGGGGCGGGGGAUCGAGCCAAACCCCAAGAAAGUUAGAGCGAUCAUGGAGAUGCAACCCCCCCGGUCGGUCAAAGACGUUCAACGACUGACCGGUCGACUAGCAGCACUCAGUCGUUUCCUAUCUAAAUCAGCUGAGAAAUCUCUACCUUUCUUUCAAAUACUGAAGAAGUCUAAUGGGUUCGAAUGGACACCAGCAUGUCAAUCGGCGUUCGACGACCUGAAGGCCUACUUGAGUUCAUCACCAGUUUUGUCCAAGCCGGAGAAAGAUGAGAUACUCUCCAUCUACUUGGCAGUUUCUGACCAGGCAGUCAGUUCAGUGCUCGUACGGGAGGAAACCAAGGGAGUCCAGAAGCCGAUCUAUUAUGUCAGUAAGGCUCUCCAAGGACCAGAGUUGCGAUACACCAAGUUUGAGAAGACCGUAUUUGCACUCUGGGUGACCGCCAGGAAACUUGCAGCCUACUUUCAAGCCCACCCGGUUGUAGUUUUGACCGACCAACCACUUGGAACGAUUCUCAGAAAUCCAACGUCGUCGGGGCGGCUGAUCAAAUGGGCCAUGAUGCUUACCCAGUUUGCGAUUGAGUAUAAGCCGCGCCCUGCCAUCAAAGCUCAAGCGUUGGCGGACUUCAUUGUUGAGUGUACCGCGCGGGACCCUGAGCCCGACCGCCCGACCGCCUUGCAGGAACCAUGGUGGGAAGCCUCUACUGACGGGUCGUCCAGCAAGAAAGGAUGCGGCGGAGGAGUCGUGCUUACAUCUCCUGAAGGUUUCAAAAUUUAUCAAGCUUUGAUCUUUAAGUUCCGACCCACCAACAACGAAGCAGAGUAUGAAGCACUCUUAGGCGGAGUACGGUUGGCUAGGCAGAUGAAGGCCGACCGACUGAGGUUACGGUCGGAUUCCCGGUUGGUGAUCGGUCAACUAUCUGGAACGAUCGAAGCGAAGGAGGAACGCAUGAUACAAUACAAGGACGUUGCCCUAGAGUUGUUACAACAGUUCGACAAGUAUGAGUUGAUCCAGGUGCCUAGAACGGAGAACACAGAUGCUGACAUGUUGUCCAAAUUGACACAGGAGGCCCCUGAGUACGUGUCUAAGAUCGCACGAUUUGAAGAGAUCGGGUCGCCGAGCAUUGAUGUUAUUGAGGUCCGACCGGUUGAGAUAAGCGAGCCAGAUUGGAUGUACGAUUUGAAAAAUUACAUUGCUAAUGGCACCUUACCAGAUGACACCACCAGGGCGAAGAAGGUCAGACUGAGAGCACCACGCUUCCAAUUGAUCGAUGGCAAACUCUACAAGCGGUCGUAUGGCGGACCGCUCUUGAGGUGUCUGACCAACGAUGAGGCCAAGAUUGUGAUUGAGGAAGUUCAUGAAGGCAUUUGUUCGGCUCACCAAGGACCAAGGACGCUGGCGCAAAAAAUCAUCCUGCUAGGAUACUAUUGGCCCUCAAUCAACUUGGAUUGCGAACAGUACGUUCGACGAUGCGCUACUUGUCAAGAAUUUCACCGAUUGCCCGGUCGACCAGCCACAUAUUACCAACCGAUCAGCGAGGUAAUACCCUUUACAAGAUGGGGAGUUGAUUUGAUCGGAGCAUUCCCAAUGGCAGCCGGUCGGAAGAAAUAUGUGAUCGUGGCCAUUGAUUAUUUCACCAAGUGGGUAGAAUAUGUGAUCGUGGCCAUUGAUUAUUUCACCAAGUGGGUAGAAGCAGAAGUCGUGGCCAUUGAUUAUUUCACCAAGUGGGUAGAAGCAGAAGCCGUGGCCAUUGAUUAUUUCACCAAGUGGGUAGAAGCAGAAGCGCUAGCAACCAUCACUUCGCAGCAGUGCCAAAAGUUUCUCUUGGAAAAGGUAAUCACUCGGUUCGGGGUUCCGGUCUACCUAAUCACUGACAACGGGACGCAAUUUGAUAGUCAGCCGUUCAAAAGCUUCAAGCCACUUGCAGCUGGUGCAUUAAAUGCGUAG